CACUUUUUUAGGGCCAGGCUUAAGGGGAAACUUCUGAUGAAAAAAUUCCACCAGUCGGGGUGCAGAAACCAAUAACCAGGAUGAAGGGUCUGGUGAGGAGGCUGCCAGGGAGGGCACAGUAGGGUGUAUGGGGGCAGGACAAGGGACAGAAGGCACUGUAGGAUAUAGGGGGGCAGGACAGGGGACAGAGGGUACAGUAGCUACUAAUGUGGAAACCACAGCUGGGUCCAAAGCAGCUGAAGGGAGUUUUAGGGUCUCAGCAUGCAGGGCACAUGAAUCUGGAAACUCAAAUGGUACAGAGGUCACAGGUGUUGGGACCUCCACCCACCCAGAAGGUAGCGACAUAGGAGCUCUGAGCUGCAACAUAUGUAAAGGGACCGAAGGUUUUUGG